CCUCUGUUUACUUAAUCUGGCCCAUAGGGAUUCAAAACAUUGUGGUUACAACAUUUGAAAAGAAGAGAGAGGCCUAGCGAACCGAAGAGCAAAAGGCCUUGGUGAACGUAUUUUGGGAGCAAUGGGUGUGCGUUGGACCAUGUGGAUGUACAUGUACUGCGCACUGAAUGCGUUCCCAUUCAUCAUUUCCCCUAUUGUUUUCAAAACUACGGUUAUAUGCACAAUACUGGCAGUCUAUGUGUUUAUAUGUCUGUGUGUGAAACUUAAGUUUUUAUUGCCAUCGGCCUGGUGUAUGGGAUAAUUUACAUUGUUUGUAAAGUAUCAACGUCCUGCCAGGCUGAUUCACAGCUCCAACUUUAUUGACACAGUUCAACAUAUCCACCUUUAGUUGGAGAGAAACAUUUUAACGGCACAGAAAACGGGCAUGAGCAAACAAGUAAAAUUGUGCAAUUAUGUUGAGAUUACAAAUUAGAAAAUAGUGGGAAAAGAAAACAGCCUGGAGUCUCUGGAGCUAGGCCUCCUGUGUUAUUGUUAGAAAAAAGAGAGAAAAAGAAGAAAAAAAUUAUCCCAAAAGAAAUAAGCACAUAUGGUAGAGGACGGACGAGAGCAAUUUCAUGAAGUGUUGGUAUCAUGGCACAUGUUCAUUGCACAGUCGACAAAGAGCAGGCAUUACAAGUGCUGGGCUGAGAAGAAGAUGGAAGGUUCACCAUGGCAACCAGAUCUAGAUUGGAAGCAAAGAGACAAGGAGCUUGUAGACGACUUUUCCUGGUCUGAAGAGGACUUGUCAGACCGAGUUGCCACACCUUUCAAGUUUGUGUCUGUGGGACGGGGCAGUAGGAAGAGACGAGAUCCGCAAGAUGUCAGACUUCCACGGAUAUUUUUGGAUAGAAUCAGACAAAAGAACUUUCCCAGACGACCUGCUGGGCGAGGAAAUAUCUUGAAGACUUUCUCCAGCCAAAGCCUCUCAGGAAGUAUCCAGCCCCAAGACUCCCUUUGGAUGUCUAGUCAGGCUUCACCCUCUUCACUGAGCGAGGAUUUCCUGGGUGCAGCCUCACGAGGUCUCACCAGUGACAUCCUUGCAGGCAAGGCGUGCCUGAUGGAAAAGUUCUUGGGCAAGCCCAUGGCGGGCCAGGGAGGCUUCAACCCUUUUGGGAACAAGCACCAGCGAUCUUCCGGAUCCCUCCGAUCAACCCAGACAGCCCCCCUGCUGGACUUCAGCAGCCGGGAACAGUGGCCAGGCGUGGGCGCAUCCGCCUGCCAGUCCAACUGCGGUAAGAAUGGACCCAAGAAGAGCUUGAGCCUCCAGGAUGCCUUGAACGCCAUCUCGCGUACGCCGAACCAGUGGGACAGGGCCUCGCUGGACAGUUCUGGGAAGGGAAGUGGGGAUGGCAGCAGGAAGUGGAGGAGGACGAAGAGGAGCCAAGGGCGUGUUUCCCAAGGGCAAAAUGGAAGCCAAGACAAGGAGGGUGCUCCCAGGAUGAACGGAUCAGAAGGGGUUGCUGCUUGCUCCACUGUUGGAAGUGCUCUUCCUGAGAAUGGAAGCAAAGAAAGAGGUUCGGAAAAUGAUUUGAGUGGAACGAGUCGUCAGGAAGGAGAGGUAGAGAUCUGCACAUAUUUUACUUCUUACUGGAGAGUUGUUACUUCUGUUGUUCCACUAAUGGUGUCCUCCGACAGACAUGCCCUUAUCAUGACUUGAAUGAAUGUUUCUUCAUGCAAGCCUCAGUAAACUCUUAUUCACAGUGAGGCAAUUUUCCAUCUUGUUCCCUGAGUCUAUCAUGUUCACUGUAAUUUGUUAAUUGGGAUGGUGUCAGACUAU